CCUUUCAAAUAUCCAUGGUUAUAUUGUGAAAAAAGAAAUGGAAAAGAAGUUAUGUUUUGUAAAAUAUGCAAAAAUGCAAAUAGUUCUAGUGUGUGGACAACUACUGGUUUGGAGUGGUUAAAGGAAGAUUGUAUUAAAAGGCAUAUAAAAGCAAUUAAUGCAAAAAAUUCAAAUCAGUUGACAAUUAAAGAAGGCUUUAUGCAACAAAUGAACCAUAAUCAAGCAUUAAUUAUUUGUUGUAUGCGUAAUAUAUAUUAUUUAACACAACGUAAUAUAGCACUUAAUAAUUAUGGAUCUUUUUGUGAUUUAAUUACAUAUCAAAUUAAUUAUCAAUAUCAAACUGGGGAUGAAAUUUUUAUCCAAAAUCUUCUUCCACCUCUUCUUCAAAAUCAUUCUGAAAUUACAACUUCAUCAUCUUCAACUAAUAAUUAUGCACUUUAUAAAAAUGCAGUUGCAGAAAGAGAAUUACUUUUUUCUAUAUUUACUAUUGUUGAAGAAAGCGUUGUUGCUGAGGUUAAAGAAUCAUCAUGUUAGAGUUUACUUAUUGAUGAAAG